AUGGCGGAAGGGGAGCAGCGCUGAGUUUCAUCUGAGUUUCUAGCCACAGCUGUAGAGCCUGUCCACCACGUCGUUUAGUCUCCGUCGAGAGACGACCCCGAGGCGAUGGGCAACGAGGCCAGCAUGGAGGGGGAGGGCCAGGCGGGCCAGCCCGGCCCCGCCGUCCCCGCAGCGGCGGCUCCGGCUUCCAUUUCAGCACCGCCGGGCUCUGGACAGCUCCUCAAGCCCAGCAACGGAGCGCCGGUCGGAGGGAGCGCUGCUGCACCCGCGCCGGGGAUUAACAGACCACCUCCGUCGGACCCCGGAACAAAAACAGGAGUCCAGAGCGGUCACGGGACAGGUGACAGGUUGGCUUCCCAUGACACCCCUCCACAUGCUGCACCUCAAGGAGAGCAAGGCCAGGGUCAUGUGGCCAGGAAGAAUCUGCAGGUGGAUUUGGGUAGCAGCAGGACUGGAAGGUCCCCUUCUGUGUCCCCAGACCGAGGCAGCAUUCCCAGCUCCCCUUAUUCUGUGCCUCAAAUUGCUCCCAUGCCCAGCAGCAAACUGUGUCCUGUCUGCAAAACCACUGACCUGAUGGGCGCCAGCGAUGACAAGCUGAACUUUAACACCUGCACGCAGUGUCGCUCCAUGGUGUGCAACCAGUGUGGCUUUAACCCCAACCCUCACCUCACAGAGGUGGAAGAGUGGCUUUGUCUGAACUGUCAGAUGCAAAGAGCAUUAGGAAUGGAUAUGACGACACCACGCUCCAAGAGUCAGCAACAGAUCCACUCUCCUUCUCAUCCAACCAAUCCAGAACUUAAACUUGAUGCUCCAACUCAGCCUGCACCCCAGAUACUUACCCCUCCUCAGACGCAGCCUGUGGCACAGGCCCAUCCAGCGCCUGGCCCUACCAAACAGACUGGUCCAGCUGGUUCAGGACAUCUGAUGGCAAAGCUGCCACCAGGGGCAGUUCCUCUUCCUGGGAUGGCCAAGGCCCCGUCCCAGCCUGAUUUAUCCCGCAGCUCUCCUGCCCACCAACCCCAGCAGCCUCGCCAGGACCAGACUCGGAGUGCAGGGAGUUCCCCUUCACGACAGCCCCCACCCCCAGAGCAGACAUUUGGAAAAUUGUUUGGCUUUGGUGCUUCUCUUCUAAACCAAGCCAGCACACUCAUAUCUGAAACCACCCAACCCCAGCAGCAGCAGCCCCCAAAGCCAGCUCCCAAACCCGGUGGGCCUACUGGUCCAGGACCUGGGAUAGGUAAACCCUCGGGACCUCAGCCUCCACAGCAGGGGCCUCGAACCCCAGCUCAGCAGCAGCAACAACAGCAUGCACCCCCAGUGGCUUCUAAACCUAAAGUCUGUUGUCCCCUCUGUAAGACAAACCUCAACGUAGGCAACACCGCAGAGAAACCCAACUACAAUACCUGUACACAGUGCCACUCCCAAGUGUGCAACAUGUGUGGAUUCAAUCCCACUCCACACUUAGUUGAGAAGAAAGAAUGGCUUUGCUUAAACUGCCAGACUCAGAGGGCUCUGUCUGGAAGCCUGGGAGAUACUCCAGCUCCCACGGCACAGCCUGCGGGAUCCCCCCAACCAUCCACACCAGCCAAUCAGCAACCGCCUCAGCAGAAAGCACCCAAUCAACUUUCAGGGCCUAGCGCCACAGGUCCUCAACAACAACAGAAACCAACGGGUCCCCAAGUAAGUGGCCCUAUCUCUAAUGUGAAACAGGCUGGACCUGCCUCUCAAACACGUGGGCUCAGCCAAACUUCCUCACAAACCAAGGGUUCAGCUCAGCCAGCCUCCCAAACUAAGGGUCAAACACAAGCUUCUACGCAAAGUAAGGGGCCAGCUCAAGUUAAAGGUCCUAACCAGACACACGCUCAAAGUAGAGCUCCUUCACAGUCCACUAACCAAACGAAGGGUCAAAGUCAGGCCAAAGGGCUGACUCAGACAAAAGGAUCUGCUCAACCCUCUGCUCAGACUAAGGGCCCUUCUCAUGCUUCUGGUGCCAAAGCUUCAUCCACCACUGGUAAAGCUGCACCGGUCCAUACCAAGGCCUCAACCCCUUCAAAACCAGUACCUACUCAGUCUAAACCCACAGGUAACACCCAGGCCCGCAAACAGACACAAAGCCAGGAGAAGACUAAAGUUGCAUCAAAAUCUCUAAAAGAAGACGUCAAGGCCUCACCAAAGAAGGCAAUGUCAGAGACUAUCAUUCCUGCAAAAGAUAUGAAGACAGCUCAAGAUGUACAGAAGUCAAGACGCCAUGAAGAUUACAACAAAUCAAGUACACACAGUUUAAGUGACACUGGAUACUCCUCAGAUGGGAUCUCCAGCUCUCAUGGGGAAAUUAUAGGUCAGAUUCAGGAAGAAGGAAUCAAGCUCAGUGAAAGAGGUGCCUCCAUCCCCUCAGAAAUCACCAAGUUAGAGAGUACCAUGAAACCCCUGCUAGAAUCAAAGACUGGCAUGGACCAGAAGCACAGGCCUCAUUCACUUUCUGUGGGACGUCCUGACGAUGAUGCAGCAAAGGAUGAAUCAGAGGAUGACCUUAGUUGUAAGCUUAGGCAUGAUUACGUAGAAGACAGCAGUGAAAGUGGUCUCUCACCAUUGCCAGUAAGACAAAAGAAGUCGCAUAAAGAAUCGAAAGAUGAGGAAUACAUGAGACGACAGAUCAUGGAGAUGAGUGCUGAUGAAGAAGAAUUAGAAGAAUAUGGGACCCAGAAAAGUAAAAAGACACAUAAAACCACUGAAGAACUAAAAGAGAAAAGACGACUCUCUCACCAGUCCAAUAGUUUUGAAGAUGACACGAAAGCAUCAGAGGGUGGUUAUACAGCAAAUGAGGAGGAAGAUGUUGUAAUGGCUGGAGGGCUUCGACGUUUUAAGACCAUUGAACUGAAUAACACGAACAGCUACAACCGAGACAUUGAGCUCAGUAGUGAGCAUGACCUAAGAGAGCCAGAGCUUGAGAUGGAGAGUCUCACCGGUUCUCCAGAGGAGCGAUCUAAGGGAGAAUAUUCAUCCACUCUCCCCGCCACCACUCCCAGCUAUACCUCUGGAACAUCGCCCACAUCCGUGUCAUCAAUGGAGGAUGACAGUGAUAGCAGCCCUAGUCGAAGGGCACGUUUAGAAGAGGCAAAGCAGCAAAGGAAGGCUCGUCAUCGGUCCCAUGGGCCACUGCUCCCCACUAUCGAGGAUUCAUCUGAAGAGGAUGAGCUCAGAGAAGAGGAAGAACUUCUUAGAGAACAGGAACAGAUGAGAGAUCUGGAACAACAGCGGAUUCGAAGUACUGCCCGGAAAACAAAAAGGGACAAAGAGGAGCUCCGGGCACAGAGGCGGCGAGAAAGGUCAAAAACUCCCCCUAGUAAUCUUUCCCCCAUUGAAGAUGCAUCACCAACAGAGGAGUUGAGACAGGCUGCAGAGAUGGAGGAGCUUCAUAGAUCAUCAUGCUCUGAAUACUCCCCAUCUAUGGACUCAGAAGCAGAAGGUUUUGAGAUUAUUGGUGGAAAGCUUUACAAAUCAGGAAAUGAAUUUAACCUUCCAACCUUCACAUCACUCUACUCCCCAACAGAGAAAACGUCACCAUCUGAUAAAACCUUAAAAAGUGCAGAGGAGGUCUAUGAGGAGAUGAUGAGAAAAGCACAGCUUAUGCAGAGGCAGGCACAAACAGUUAAUAAACAAAAAGCUGCAUCUCAGCCAGAUGGUGGACAUCAUCUCGACGCUGGGACUUCUCUAACCCCUGGUUCAAGUCCAACACAGGUUACUGCUCCUAUGUCCUUUUCCACAACUGGCAGUGAUCCAAGGAUUGCUGGUAUUCCUGCAGCACAUCAUCUAUCAAAAGAAACACAGAACAGAAUGAUGACACAAAGUGCCAAAAUUGAAGGUGUUGUUGGAGUUGCAACAACCAAAGCCCAAACAAGUCAAACAGCCCCAACUCGACUGGCAGGUACUACAGUACCUUCUGGCAAUAGAGGAAGCACUCAAAGGCCAACACAAGCAACAUCUGACCCUGGAUCAUCUUCCUUGACCUCUAAAGUAUUUUCCCUUUUCAAAGGUCCCUCCCCCCCGGUCUCCCCCACUACUUCCCCUGCACAAAGUCCAACACAUACACCAUCUAUGCGUCCCACUGGCGGUGGUGGCAGGCAGCUGCCAUCUUUGCCUAGUGGUGCUACAUCUGUUCCAGCAUCCCAUGGAGCUCAGACACCUCAAAGGACAAUGUCACCACGUCUUGUACGACAACAGUCUUCUCAAGAUUCACCAGUGAUGGUGAUAACCCUGGGCUCUGAAUCAACUAGUCCCGCCAAGCCACUCACUGUGAAUUCCUCCACUUCUCCAUUGUCAUCACCAACUGAAGCCAGCUGUAAAACAUUAUAUAGCUCACAGCCCCCCUUAGCGAGUUCAACAACAUCACAACAAAUACGUCCCUUGCAACAACCACAAAAACAAUCCUCUCAGAUGGCUCAAAACAUUGAAAAAGUUGGUAUUAGUGCUACAACAGCGAGUGCACAAAGUCAUUGCUCUGCAGACAGUGUAUUAAAAAUGCCACACACUGUAGGCAAUUCAAAGGUUGUUGCCCAGGGCCAAACACAUCCAGUUACUAAUGUUGUAGAUCUGAGAGCUCCUUUGAGGCCAGCUCCAAUUAUUAUGACAGACCAGGGGAUGGAUCUAACCUCCAUUGCCUCUGACACAAGAAGGUACUCUUUAGGAGCAGAGCAGUCGACUAUUAGGCACACAGCAGUGCAGCCUCUUAUUAUGAACCUGAAUGCGCAAGAACAACCCCAUGUGUCUGUAUCGACACCAACAACAGUUAGCAUCACAGCUGCAGGUUCAGUUUUCAUGUCCCAACCCAAAUAUCCAGUGGUGUAUGGAGAUCCUUUGCAAAACCGCGUUGAUCUAGGGCAGGGUGUUGGGUCAGCUGUAUGUUUAACCCAGAGCAAGCCAACAGUUAGUGACCCAUCUAUUCCCAAAAUUGAUGCCUGCCUGGAAAAUCUAGGUAUACAACAGCAACAACUGCAGUUACAGCAGCAAAAGCUUCUGCAGCAACAACAGCUUCUUGAGCAACAGCUCCAGCAGCACCAUCAGCAAUCUUCUUUUGCCCGCUACAAUUUAGCAAAUCAGGUGCAGCCACUGUUGAUGAAAAAAGACCUUGUAGUGACCCAGACAAGCGGCUCCCAGCCUGCAGUGACUGCGAGUGCCAUUCUUAGAGUAUCGCCCCUGGCUCCCCCUUCAGUGUCUGGGGCUCUUACUUCUAAUGUACCUCAUGAAUUGCAUGGUGGAGUUGCAUUAGAGCUAAAAAACAAGCCAACAGUAAUGAACUUGUCCACAAGUAAACCUCAUGUUAUGAUGGUACAACUUGAUGAGAGUAACACAUCACAAACUGGAACCGUGACCCAGUUGGUAAAGCAAGAGGAGCAGCCUCUCCCUCCCCCUCCCCCUCAGGUCUUGGACUUAACUGGACAGAUAAAACCAGAAAACCAGGUUGCUUGUUGUGAUGUUGUUUACAAAUUGCCAUUUGCUGGUUCCUGUUCAGGGUCAUUCACUCAGAAGCCUACUACAGUAUCCUUAGAUAAAACUCCCACCGCUGAAACGUCUCAGUCCGCCCACCAAUCACACUACAGUGUCAGCCAACAACAACAACAACACCACCAACCUCAAAUUACACAAGUAUUGAAAGAGGAACAGAAAUCAUUUCCAACACAUAUAGUCCACUCAGGAAAAAUGCAGCCCUCCAUGUCUGAUACUAAUCUCCCUUCUGUGACUGAUGCCGGUCAUUAUCAGAAUAAUGUCCAGGGGAAUCAGGCAGUAAAUCUUAGCAGUAUAAAUCAGGUUUAUGAUGGCGGAUACCUUGGCAUGGGAGCACAGUAUGGUUCCUACACUGACUUGCGUCACCAAGGAGAUUUUGCAGGACCUUCAUUACCCCUUCGCCGAUAUGGUUCCAUGUCAAACAUCAACUCUGAUUAUGCCUACAGUUCACGUGACCAGACAGCAUCACAGGACUCUAAUCUGGCUCAAUACAGUGCAACCACCGCAAGGGAGAUCAGUCGUCUGUGUGCAUCUCUCAACACUGUCGACCAGUUUGGGGCUCGUUAUGGAAAUAACCCUGAAAUGUUAGCAUAUGGGGCUGGAAGAGGUGGACCUUUAGCAAAGCUAAAUCUCCAUCAGAGUUUAGCAUCAAUAAGAGCAAAUUUACUUUAUGGGCCAGAUGGAAGACCAACAGCAAAUGGACAGACCCUAACAAAUCUAAUAAAUGCUAGGCAAGCUAGCAUUCGUGCUAUGUACCCUAUGAGAGGAGGUGAUGGCAUGAUUUAUUCCACGAUAAAUGCUCCCAUAGCUUCAACCUUGCCAAUUACUACACAGCCUGCUCCAGUUCUACGUCCUAUGCCAAGGGCAAUUUAUAGACCAUACCCUACAGGUGUAACUGCUGUACCUUUGGCUAGUCUUACCAGGUUGCCUCAAGUGACUCCCAGGAUGCCUUUGUCCAUACAAGGACCAUAUUCUUACCCUCCUCCAAAUCAGUAUCCUACUUCAACCACACCAUCAGGAAGUAUUCCUGCAGAGAGUAGCUCACAACAGGAAACCCCAGUUUACCUAGGGAAGCCUUUAACAGGAGUAGCUGCACAAAUAGCUGCAACAAUUCCACCAACUCCAACUGCUGCACAUUUAGGAACUCAAAAUGUACCUGUCCCUGGUAUACAACCCACAGCAGAUCAGCAAAUAGAUGGAACUCAACUGUCCUCACAGAGUAAUAGUUCUCCCUCUCAAGCUCAAAGCCAACUCCCAAUUGUCCAGCCGGUACAGACUCAAAUGCAGCCACAGCAGAUACCUAAUCAAACUGAACCUUUAUCUCUGACUCAAAUCCAAACCCAAGGUAAACCAAUUAGUCAGUUGCAAGGCCAGCCACAAGCAACACCACAUGGAACUGCCCAAGCGACUAUUUCCAAACAUUCCCCUCCCUUGGAUAUACCAAAAGGUAAGGAAGAUGAGCGGCUGAGUCAACAACAAGAGCACAUGCUGCAGUUAGAGCGAGAACGGGUUGAACUGGAGAAAUUACGGCAGCUGCGUCUACAAGAGGAGCUUGAAAGAGAUCGUAUGGAGCUUCAGCGUCACAGAGAAAAAGAACAGCUCCUUGUUCAGCGAGAGAUUCAAGAGCUGCAGACAAUCAAACAGCACGUUUUACAUCAACAGCAAACAGAGCGGGAGACACAGCUCAUUAUGCAAAGAGAACAACUGGCCCAACAAAGAAUGCAACUUGAGCAAAUUCAGUCUCUGCAGCAGCAGCUCCAGCAGCAGUUGGAGGAGCAAAAAAGACAAAAGACUGCAGCAGUAGAGGCGGCAGCAGUUGCAGCAGCUGAAGCUGCAGCUGCAUCAGCUGCAGCUUCAGCUGCUGCAACUUCUGCCCAGGGUGGUAUACAAGGGGUAGUUGUUGGAGGAAGCACACCUCAAGGGUUCAUUAUCUGUGACCAGAGUGGUAGAGUCAUUCAACAAGAUGGGCAGAGUGUUCAGUUUUGGCAGGAUGGGCAAGUGGUCCAGGCAGUGAUGGCUGGUCGACCUAUUCAUAGCUCAGCCUCUGAAAUGUCUUUGAGAAGCAGUGACAAACAAGCUGAUUCUAAGAUCAUGAAAAAACAAAAUUCCAUGCCUCGGUUGAGAGAUGGCUCCGAGGAGGACUCUGUGAGAAGAAUUACAGACAGCUGUGUGCAAACCGAUGAUGAAGAUGGAGAGGAAAGAUUCAUAAAUAGGCGCAGAAGAACAAGGCGUAUUGCAGACUGCAGUGUACAGACUGAUGAGGAAGACCAAGGAGAAUGGGAUCAGCAACCAGUAAGAAGGAGACGGUCUCGUGUUUCCAAGCACUCUGAAUCCAGUGGUGAGGCGAAAUCCGAUGGAUCAUCUAAAGUGGCUUCUGCAAGUAUAGCUAUUCAAACAACUAAUGACUCUUCAUGCCAAACAGAGCCAGACCAACUUGGCAGGGUUUCACCUGCGAUUCACAUUACUGUGGCUGAGACCACAAAGGUUGACCUAUUACAUUACAUUGCGGCUCCUGAGAGGACUCAUAAAGGAGAGAGUCUAGCCUGCCAGACAGAACCAGAGUCUCAUUCUCAGGGAGUUGUCACCCCUCAGCUAAGUGUCCCAACAACCAUCAGCCCAUACUCAACAAGUCUGCAUAUAGUAGGUGCAAACACAUCAGAACCAGCUUCCCACAGACUCCAAGGAGUUGCUAAAUUUGAAAGGAGGAAACCAGACCCUCUAGAUAUUGGCUAUCAACAGCAACCAAACGAGUCUCCUUCUCGCCAGCCGCCAAAAUCUCCUCAAGUGUUAUAUUCCCCAGUAUCUCCUUUGUCUCCUCAUCGCAUGUUAGAAACAACCUUUGCCUCCCAGGAGAAGCUCAACAAGGCCCAUGUUACACCACAGCAGAAGGCCUUUAGUCCUGAAACUCCCCAGCGCCACCAAACACUGCCAAGACCCAUAAAAAGUGUGCAGCGCUCUUUGUCUGAUCCAAAGCCUCUCAGCCCAACAUUGGACGACCCUGCAAAGAACAGAUUCUCUCCAUAUCAUCAACAAGCUUUGUCCAACAGUCAGCAGAUGGCCUCCCUGCAGCAGCAGCAGAACUCUCUGAUGAGGAAAGUAAAGAGGACUCUACCCAGUCCCCCUCCAGAGGAGAGUCCGCUUCCCAUUGUUACUCCAGCGCAGAUGUACAGCUCUCCCGGCAUGCCGCAGAGGAUUCUUCCAAGACCUGCCCAGGGUGUCACCAAGGCUGGCCUGUUGAGUGAAUUAAAAGCAGUAGAGCAAGAGUCUUCAAAGCUCCGCAAGCAGCAGGCUGAACUAGAAGAAGAAGAAAAAGAGAUUGAUGCAAAGUUGCGCUAUCUGGAGCUGGGCAUUACACAGCGUAAGGAGACUAUGGUGAAGGAGAGGGAGAGAAGAGAGUUAGCCUACCUGCGAUGUAUGGGUGAUGCCCGAGACUACAUGUCAGAUAGUGAGCUCAAUAACCUCAGGAUGGCAGCUGCAACUGGAACAUUUGAUGCUAAUGGUUUGCUGACAAGACCUAGCACGGCACCACUGAGCCAAUUUACUAAUGACCUGAAUUCGACCUCCCAGUAUCCCUCAACCUCCUCUUAUAUGUCAUAUCCAUACCCUCAAAGUCAGCCAUCAACUCAGCAGCCAGGUUCCGCUUAUCAACAGAUAGGUUUCCAGCCUCCUCAUUACCCAACAGCUUCUGCACCACAACCUGGAACAUUCCAGCCCCAUCCGCCUCCAGGACCUGGAUACCAGAAUCAGGGAACCUACCCGUCCCGCAUGUAUGGCCAGUCCUCCUAUCAGACAGAAAUUGGCAUAACGCAGCAUGGUCACCAGGGUUUCCACUCCCCUGGUCAGCCUAUGCCAGGGCAGAGCCUUCCUUAUCCCACCCACAGUUCUUAUCAACCUGGCCUCACCUACCAGCCACAGGCAGAAAUCCUUACAGUCCAUCAAAGACCAAGGCAAACUUCUCUGGCAGACCUCGAACAAAAACUCCCCACAAAUUAUGAAGUCAUCAGCAAUCCAGCAGUGUCAGUGGCCACAUCAGCUCCUGACACCAGCUUUGGUUCACCUUACAGCAAUGCAUACGGACAAUACCGACCCCCUGAGCCUGGUCUGACUCACACUGUGGACAGCCCCACUUCUGCUUAUGCUGCAGAUGGUCUUUACACCGCCAACCUGGAGCAAAAUAUUCCCAGAAAUUAUGUGAUGAUUGAUGAUAUAAGUGAGUUGACAAAAGAAAACACUGGUCAAUCCACUGAUUCUCUAGGUCAUCCUGUUGGAGGCCGGUAUCGUAGUGAGAAUGGUUCUGCACGAGGGAUUGUCUAUGGCAGGCCUGAAGAUCAACCCCUUGAUGAGUAUGGCAGACCUACAGGAUCAGCAGGUUACCAGAGCGCAGUGGACAGUCGCACAAGCACCUCAGUUAGUGGAGGGUCAUCUUAUUACUAUGAUGAUUAUAAACACACAUCACGCUCUAGUAGCCACAAACCCACAUCAAAGAAUCUUGCACCUGCUGCUGUCUCCACUAAGCGCAGUAAACACAGGAAGCAGGGAAUGGAGCAGAAGAUUUCUAAAUUCUCUCCUAUUGAGGAAGCACGAGAUGUAGAGUCUGACCUCGCCUCUUACACGAUGACAACCUCAACUGGGGGAACCAGUACAGUUGUGUCAAGAUCCAAAAAGCUUCAGGACGAUGUCAGCUAUGGGAUGAAGAAAAAUGCAUAUGAUCAGCAGAAAUAUUAUGGCACCAGUCGUGAUGGACUUGAGGAGGAGGAACGCACGUACAGCUCUGGUAGGUCCAGGUCCACAGGAUACGGCAUGGACAAGAUUUCAUCCAGAGAUGCUACAGGCCAUCGCAGUAAAUCCUAUGAGAGAGACGCCAUGGAGAGGUCUCAGAGAACCAGCCGCAGUGGAAGGCCUCCCAUGCGCAGUCAGAAUUCAGAAGAGGAGAGCCCACUCAGUCCUGUUGGGAAGCCUGUGGGUAUGGGAAGAGGUUCUGGAAUACCGGAGGCCAGUGAUGUGAGAAACCAGUAUGGCUCCAGCCAUUCACUGCCAGAUGUGCAGGACCACCACAAGAAGGACCUUCCCAAAAGUCAUGUCUAUAAACCUGAUGAUCCUUAUCUCGCAGAUGACAUGCACUGUGCUGUUUCUGACAGUGAAGCAUAUCAUUUGAGCCAAGAAGAGACUGAUUGGUUUGAGAAACCACGAGAGGCCCGCUCUGACCGCUCAAGACAUCAUGGUAGUGGAAAUCACUCCUCCACUGGUAGACGUAGUAAGCACACCUACCAUGACUAUGAUGAGCCUCCAGAGGAAUACUGUCAACAGGAUGAAUACAACCAGCAGCGUCAGUCCUCUGCAUCGCGAGAUCACCGUCACCAUGGCAGCAGCGCCGGCAGACACAGCUCUUCUCGCCACUCCUCAGAAGACCCCAGGUCUUCACGUUCUUCCAGGACACAUCCCAAAGACCCAUCAGGCCGCACUGAUAGCAGGAGCUCUUUGCCUACCCAGAGGAGGAGUGGCACAGAUUCCCGCUCGGCACACGGAAGCCCUAGAAACUCAGGAGACUUUUCUCGUGACCCAGUCUCUGGUCAUCACCACAGCACUGGGGGGAGGAGUCAGAGACCGCAAGAUCGUCCAACCAACAGGAGACAAGAUCCUUCUAAACCACACCAACAGCAGCACCCUCAGGACCAUACUGGGCAGCAGCGGCCAGGUGGUCAGGGACAGCCAGGGAGACAUCCAGGCUCUGAACCACUUGAUGGUACCCAACAGGCCCAGCAGCAACAUCAGCAGAGUGCACCACAACUUCAACAGCAGCAGCAGCAGCAGCAGCAGCAGCAGCAGCAGCAGCAGCAGCAGCAGCAGCAGCAGCAGCAACCACUACAACACAGCCACCCCCCUCAGAGCAGCCAGCCCACAACAACCACCAUGGGGCCUGGACCGGCACAGCAGCAGCAGCAACCCAAAUCUGGACAAGCACCAUCACAGGGACGCCAGCAAGGUGUGGGACCUGCAGCGGGGCAGCCAGCUACAGCUACAAAAAUGGAUGCUGCACCUGCAGCAGUUACUACAGGAGUGAAACCGCCAACAGGAAUCUCAGCAGCACCUCAGCCUACCAAAAUAGCGACACCCCCUCUAACAGGCAUUGGUUCCAAGGCUGCUCCUGUUGGAAUCGGAAGCAAACCAGUAGGUAUAGGCAGCGCCGCUGCACCAGGCCAGGCACCCGCUGAAGGCGAAAACGUCCUCACCAAAAUGCUCCAGGGAGGGGCAGCAGAGCAGGCAGGAAAACUGGGAGACGCUUUGUCUGGCCUUGGGAAAAAGUUCACCUCAUUCUGGUGAACUAAAGGGAGGCCGCAGGGUAUGAUGAGAUGAAACAAGAUGGAUUGGUCGCUUCGUACCGGAAAAAUCUAUGAAACUUCUUCAAACACAUUUUACAUUUCUGAGGAAAUAAAGGAAGAGAGAUUCUGACUUAAUCUAGCUGGAAUCAAAGGAUGCCUUGUCGGCACUGAAUUCCCCAGACAUGGGCACAUGAUUGAAGAGAAUGAAAUAAGGGGGAUUGCUUUGUCAGCAGGCUUUUAUACGACAUGAGCAGAGGGUUGAGAUGGCCUGAAAGUGAGUGGAUGCUUUGACAGAUCUACAGUCUCAAAAUGAUGAUUGUGGAGACUGCUGAGACCUCAUUAGACCUCUGUAAGUCAAUAGUGAGGACGCAUUGAAGUGGAGACAGAAUGGAGCACUGCUUUCCAUCAUCCUCAAGAGAAAUCCUCUUGGGAUCUGUGAGACAGCGCCAGCGCUGCUAACUGAUGCAGGUGGAUUUCGUGGGAGAUAUUCAGCAUGUUAGUCCAAGCGUGUCCAUGCUUCAAAACAGUCCAGUGAAGGAAGCCUAACAGCGCCCUCUACAGAGAUUUCAAGGCAGUGCCACUCAUGUCUGAGGAGUGCACAUUGCACAAGGAUUCUUGGUUCUACGCGAAUUUCUUCAGAAUAUUUCAUGUAAAACAAAAAAAAAAGAUUAAAAAAAAGACAGAUUUCAUAGGUUUUUCUUGUACUUAAGAGACCAGUCUUGGCCCACAACAAUACCUGCAACAGAUGAGGCGUAUCAUAGCAAUGACAACCAUCCCGGCAAUUCCACCAAAAUCCUUGAAUGCUUGGUUUAUCUGAUAUCCACAGUACAUUCCAGUAUAGGGAAUUCGGCCCUUUCUUUGAGUGUGUUUUUGAUUUCUUGUCUUUUCAUUUCACAGUACGAAGAAUGCAGCGUGUAAAUGUGAAUAUAGGAUUGCACGCACAAAUGAUAAACUGAAAAAAGAAAUUAGCCCAUAUCAAUCCUUUUUUUUUUUUAAAACGUUUCACCAUCUAUAAGAUGCCGCUAUUCAUUAGGUGUAGAUUUUGGGGGAAGAGGAUUAUUACCAGCGUGCCCACAAGUGUGCAAUUCACACAAAUGAGAGGACCAAAUGAAAAAGUGGCCAUGGCUGUUUAUAAGCCAUCACAAAGCCAUCGUUAUAGUCAACCCCAGAACCUUCUUGGGACUUUUACACUUUUUAUUGAUUUGUCUCAUGUUUUAGUUUAGUUUUCUUUUCAUUUUUGCCUGCUAUUCAAUGAAUGGAAGAGCCUUAUUCAGCAUAUGUUUUUACUUGUAUACCUCAUAUGUUUUAAAAUGUCCAUAUCAUCGUGAAUUUCUUUUUACACUGUAAACUAUUUUAUGUAUAUAAAACAAAUCAGAGAUAUAUGUACAUUUUUCAUUCAUGUUUUUAUCGAGUCAUUAUUCAGUGAUUUAUUUAUCUAUUCAUUCAUUUGCUCUUAUGUGUUUUUAAUAUUCUUUUUUUCCACUUUAUAUAUGUUUGAAUCUGUUUUCUUGCAUCAAAUAACUUGCUUAUUGAUUUUUAAAAGCAAUAGCAUGCAGCAAAUGGUAUAUAGCACAAUGGUAUAAUUGUUGUUUCAAUUAUUAAACGGGAAGUGAUCCAACACUGUCAAUAAAUAUACAUAUUAUAAUUUGUCAGAGGGUUUACAACCACAGUACCAUGUAAAGACAUGCAUGCUAUGAGCAUGCAGACAGGUACACACACAUGCACACAUAAAAAAUAUUAAACAUACAGAUUUGCACACUCACUAUACAUGUCACACACUUGUCAUCCUAGUUCCACUUCACAGCCAAGGUUAAUUGAGUUCUCACCAAAUAGACUUUUCGACCUCCUGCUGAUUAAAGAGGUUACCAAUCGUCUAACAAGCUGGGCCCACUGCCUCUGUCUGUGCAAACACGCACACACUCACACACACACACACACACACACACACACACACACACACACAGUCACACUCACACACACACAAACACGUAUACAGAUACAGAAGAGGACGAAAGCAAUUAUCAAUUCAAAUGUUCUAUGCAAUGACUCAUUUUGAACCUGGAAGUGAUUCAACCUAAAAGAGUUUCGUAUCAUCACUGUACUCAAAGGAAAACGACAGAAAUACAAUACAAAAAUCCUAAAAAAAAUUCAAAAAAUCACAAAAAAAAAAUCAGAGGGAAAAAAAAGAUACUGGAUAAUGUUUUUACUUAGCAACUUGUCGGUAUGAAUUUGAACAUUGACUAUUGAACUAGAUCUGAUUUUAUUUUUGUGGCAUGUUUUAAUCCCUGACUCCCCACAAAGGGACUUGUUGCCAAAGGGUAAAUUGUGUAGACUGUCAGUUUCGAAUGUGCACCAUCAUGUUGCUUCGAAGCAUGGGUUUGCUUGGCUUUGUCUGGCUGUUUGUAAGCCCUCAUUCAGUUGUUGUGCGUUUUGGCUGACCUGGGCUCCUCAGUGUUUGGCUUGCAAUGACUGUCUGUGCUGCUAUAAACUUGUGAUACAGAUGGUCAGAAUUUCUCGUUAAUUUGUGUCAAUGUACAUACUGGGUGUCAGUAUAACCUGUAGGGUGAAUGGAAUGUUUCUAUUGGAUAUUUCAUUGUUGAUUAAUCCAUUCAGCAGCCAAGCCAUGUGAAAGGUGCAUGAUUAGAUCUUUUAUGCUUGGAUGUUGUACCAGAUUUAAAUAGAGACAAAAGGAACAACAACAAAAGAUAAAAACAAAGGCAUGAUUUCACCGAGGUUUGCCUAACAAACCUUGUUUGUCACUGGCCAAUGCAGAGAAUAUCAAGGUGUGAAAUGUUCAGCCAGUCACUCGCAAUCAGGGCAUGUCAUUUUGAAAGCACAAGCCUGACUGGUCGCACUUGCUGCUCGGUGAAGCGCAGAAAUAUGGAGGUUGCAUAACAGUGCCUCUAACUGAACAGUGUAAGAUCUGCAUCAGAACAAGGUGGAGGUGCAAUGUGGUCGAUAUGUUGCGCAUGAGACAAAAAAAGCCUUCAGUGCAGCCAUGCGGAUGAACAGAAAGGCAGACGGACACAUUCUCAUAUUCUUAUUGUAAAUACAACUUCAUUCUUCUGUACAGCUUUUGAGUUUUGCAUACGGCUAUCAUGUGCAUCCCCAUGCCGUAUUUGCUGCCAACUUUUGUGUAUAAAAAGAAUAUUUGUUACUAUCACAAUAAUGAAGAUGAUGAAACUAAUGAUGAUGAUGAUGAUGAUGAUUGCAUAAGCAUAGUGUAUGUGGCUGACUUGUAUUGACUGUUUACAACAGAAGGACAGUGUAUUCAGAAACAUAUCCAGUCUGUGUAGAGUUUCUAUACAUAUUGUAUUUGUAAAGCAAGAAGCAACAAGUCUCCUUGGCAAUGGCAGUGUUGAAUGCUUUUGCCAGACUAAUAGGAGGCCUUACGUUUGAUGGAUAUGAUCUGCAAGGGGAUGAAGGGAAUCAACGGGGGAAAAAAAUAAAAAAAUAAAAAUCUGGAAAUGUCAUUCACUGUUGUAAGUGCAAUGGGCAAAAUGUCAGUCGUGUAUCCAUUGUGAAACCUUGUGUUUUAUUCAGUGUAUCCUUGUAAACAGAUAGAGUACAUUUUGGUGCAUCAUAUAAAGUAAUGUGAAAAUAUUGACCCUGCAAUUUCCAAACAGAGAAAAUAAUAAAAAGAA